ACGUUGUCAGGAAAGAACAUGUCAAUGGUCACGUCAGGGUUAUGUAGUUGUGACGUUUCCGAUUUAAGUCAUGAAUGUUUCCUGGAUUUAAGGUAGAGGUGUUGACAUCCAUGAUUCCGCCAUGAAAGCGAGUACUUCGGUCCACGACUGGAUGAAGGCUAUUCAAACCCCCACGCCGUAUCGGGUGGGCACUGCCAAAAUCCAGCUAAAGCCACGAUUUCUGGCGUAUGCAUCGCUCUUCACCAUGGCGCUUUUCAUACUCUUUGUUUUUGUGGUGUUGCCUCGACCAAUCAGAGGCAUACCAAAUUGUGUCGAAAUAAGAAAACGUACUGAAUACAACUCAACAUAUCCACUAACCGAGCCAGAAGACUUAGGCGAUGGAUAUCGUUUUAAAAUUGCGGUUGUAACAGAUCUGGAUACUGAUUCAAAGAUCUCGGAAAACACUUGGAAAAGUGACAUAAAGUUUGGGCAUAUAACUGUGUCAACAGACAUGAGAGAAGUCAAAAUACAUUGGGAAGACAGUGUGACUCUUUCAUCAGGAUUGUCACAAGGGGGUAGAGGCAUGGAACUGUCAGAGCUUGUGGCAUUCAAUGGGAAACUUUACUCUGUGGAUGAUAGAACUGGGAUUGUGUACCAGAUAGACAAUCAGAAAGUCAUUCCAUGGGUGAUCUUGGCAGAUGGCAGUGGUCAUGAAAGCAAAGGUUUUAAAUCUGAAUGGGCUACAGUGAAGGAUAAGCGAAUGUAUGUUGGAGGACUGGGAAAGGAAUGGACUACUGUUUCAGGAACUGUCCAGAAUUUUAAUCCUCAGUGGGUGAAAAGUAUUGGGCCAAGUGGAGAUGUAAUUCAUCUGAACUGGAGGGAGAACUACAACAAAAUGAGGCAUGCAUGUAGUACAGACUAUCCUGGCUAUUUAAUCCAUGAAGCGGGCGUGUGGAGCAUUGUCCAUCAACAGUGGUUCUUUCUGCCAAGAAGAGCAAGCAUGGAGGCGUAUGAAGAAGUUGCAGAUGAAAGGCGUGCAUCCAACAUCCUGCUUGUCUGUAAUGAACAUUUUGAAAACAUUGAAGUUCGUCACAUAGGAGUUGUUAAUCCUACCCAUGGCUUUUCAUCAUUCAAGUUCAUCCCUGGAAGUAAUGACAGAUUGAUAAUAGCUCUCAAGUCUAUGGAAGACAAAGGACAGAUAGCUACCUUUGUCUUGGUCUUCUCUGUCGAUGGAGAGAUCAUCUAUCCAGAAACAAAAAUAGGAGAUUAUAAAUAUGAAGGGAUUGAAUUUGUUUGAUUAUGAAAAUAUUUU